CCUCUCUUUUCAUCUGUGGGCGUCCUUCCUUCCCUGCCAAGCUCACUAUUGAAUCAGUGCCGCCAAGCGUUGCUACAGGGGGAAGCGUUCUUCUCCUUGUUCACAAUCUUCCAGAGUAUCUUCAAUUAUUUUUCUCAUACAAAGGGGUGAUUUUGUUUAAUAACAAGGUUGAGAUUGCCCGACCCAGACCAGCCAAGAAUUUAAGCGAUCCGGGCCCUGCCCACAGCGGUAGAGAGACAGUGUACAGCAAUGGAUCCCUGCUGCUCCAGAAUGUCACCUGGAAAGAAGGUGGAUUCUACACCCUACAAACUCUGAAUAGAUAUUGGAAAAUUGAAUUAACAUACAUUUACCUUCAGGUUGACACCCCGUGCUGUGACACCCCUGACUCUGCCCAACUCAUGAUCCAUCCAGUGACAUGUCAUGGUGCUGAAGGGGGAAGUGUUCUUCUCCAGGUCCAUUAUCUGCCAGAAGAUGUGCAAACCUUUUCCUGGUUCAAGGGUGUGGAUAGCACUCCAUCUUUUAAAAUUGUAGAAUACAGCAAAGGGAUGAAGUCCAUGUUCAUUGGCUCUGCUCACAGCAGAAGAGAGACAGGGCACAUUAAUGGAUCCCUGCUACUCCAGGAUGCGACUGAGAAAGACACAGGCUUGUACACACUAUUAACAAUAGACAGCUAUUUGAAAGUUGAAACAGUGCGCGCACAAGUCAACUGUUGGGGCCGGCCUGUGGCUCUCAUGUUUGAGUUGGAGCCUCCGAGGCAUCUUGGAGCUGAAAGAAAGGGAAACUAG